GCAGUAAUUUUUUCGGAAACUCGAGCUGACUGGUUUAUCACUGUAUUCGCUCUCUUCAGAAUCAAUGUACCAGUUGCUACGGUAUAUGCAACUCUCGGUGAAGAGGCAAUAGCCCAAGCAAUCAAUGAGACGGAAUCAACACUGUUAGUAACAUCAGCAGAACUUCUGCCGAAAAUUGCAGUAAUCGGGAAAAAAUGUCCGACAUUGCGUUCCUUAGUCUAUUUCCGUCCCGUGCAUCUUUCGAAGAAGAUUGCCGUCAUGGAUGUUAUUAAGCAGCAGUUCCGAAAUGUCCUGUCAUUGGAUGAGUUAGAAGCACACAAAAACACUGUUCCGGAAGUUUCAUCAGCAGGAAGGGAUGAUACAGCAGUGAUAAUGUAUACGAGUGGUACAACAGGAGCUGCGAAGGGAGUGAUUUUGACACAUUAUAAUAUUGUGUCAUCGGUGGCUGGAUUGGGUGCCGGUGUACCUAUUAUCUCUUCUACCGAUGUAUAUAUUGGAUAUCUUCCGUUGGCGCAUAUUCUGGAGUUUGCAGCCGAAUUGACAUGUCUGGUAUAUAUUUACAUUCUCAUUUACAUUCCCGACUUAGAAAAAAUGGGAAGAAUAUGCUUUUUCCUUGCUGGAUAA